AUGGGGAUGAAUUUUGGACUCAUUGCGGGGAUGGGGAUGAAUUUUAGACCCGUUGCAGGGAUAAAGAUGGAAAAGCCAAAAUCCGCCCCUCCCCACCCCGUUGACAUCCUUGCGUUACAAGCUCAAUCCCAAUUUCCAUAUUUUCGAAGAGGACAUAUACCUGGAACUCAAAUACCUAGAUUUGAACGUCAUCCACAGGGAAGACAAUAUCAUCGUCUUCAACUCGGACUUGGUGCUACUGGAGCCGAAUCUAUUGCAUUUGAUUGUGAAGGCGAUGGUCCGUAUGUUGGAGUUUCGGAUGGUAGAAUACUCAAGUGGCAAGGUCAUUCCGUUGGAUGGACUGUUUUUGCAAUAACCAAUCCUAAGAGAUCAAAUACAUGUAAUGGAUUAAACGACUCCCCUGCCGAACAAAAUUGCGGUAGACCUUUGGGAUUGAAGUUCAACACAGCUACAUGUGAACUAUACAUAACUGAUUCUAGUGUUGGAUUAGUUAAGCUGGAUCGAAAGGGUGGUGUUGCUACCCCUAUUGCAACCAGUGCUGAAGGAGUUACAUUUCGGUUUCUAAAUACUUUGGAUAUCGACUCCGAGACCGGUCAUGUGUAUUUUACCGAUUCAAGUUUUCGUUAUCAUCGAUGGGAAUUUCGGUCGAUUAAUAGAAGUGAUCGAAGUGGAAGAUUGCUAAGAUAUGAUCCCAAGACCAAACGCGUAACUGUUCUACUACGAGGUCUUUCUUUCGCAAAUGGGGUUGCAUUGAGCAAGAACAAAGACUUUAUUCUUGUUACAGAAACAACAACAUAUCAAGUGCAAAAGUAUUGGCUUACCGGUCUUAAAGCUGGAACCGCCGAGCUAUUUAUCCAGCUUUCAGGACGACCAGAUAACAUCAACAGGAACACAAAUGGUGAUUUUUGGAUUUCUCAGAACCCAACUAAACCAAUCAAAGUUAACGAGUCCGGAACGAUCCUAGAAAGUUUAGAUACAGACAUCAUAGUUGAUGCUAGCGACGUAACUGAGUUUCACAACAACUUGUGGAUAGGUUCAGUUAUUCAGAAUUACAUUAUAUACACUAGCUAA